AUGAGAUCCGCAGCUGCACAUACUAUUACGCCCACUACACCCCAUCCCACGCAGCAAAGGAAACCGGUUCACCACGAAGCUCUACGCCUGUCAAGCAGGGCCAGUAUCGGUCCCACGAAGAGUCAAGGGCCGCUAGAGUUGACAGACCGGUGCCCAAUUCCGUGUGUCUCCAGCAGCCAGGCCCUCAACCCACUCUCUCUCUUCGGCUCUCUCGUCACCUCUCACGGCUACGAUGCCCUAGCCAGAAAAUACCAAGGCCCUCCUCAAAACCAAAGUCCGGCUUUUAUUCCCUCAAGCUUACUUCGUCCUAUUUGCAAAGAAAAAGAAGUUGCGACCUGCAGAUUCACCAUGAAGUUCGGAAAGCAAAUCCAGAAGCGCCAGCUCGAAGUCCCCGAAUAUGCGGCGAGCUUUGUAAAUUAUAAAGCUCUAAAAAAGCUCAUCAAGAAGCUCUCGGCGACCCCUACGCUAACUGCCCAACUCGACGGUCAACGGACUGGCGCCCUCGCAGACUCGCAGACUGCCCUCCAAGCCAACAAAGCCACAUUCUUCUUCCAAUUAGAACGAGAGCUUGACAAAGUCAACGCCUUUUACUUGCAAAAAGAGGCAGAGCUCAAAAUCCGCCUCAAAACUCUUCUCGACAAGAAAAAGGUCAUUCAAUCCCGUCAAGGCAUUUCAAGACGUUCCUCAAAAUUCACAACCUUGGAAGAGGGCUUUCAACAAUUUGCCACCGACCUCAGCAAACUCCAACAGUUUGUCGAAAUCAACGGCACCGCCUUCUCCAAAAUUCUCAAGAAAUGGGACAAGACGUCAAAAUCGAAAACAAAGGAGCUUUAUCUGUCAAGAGCUGUCGAAGUGCAGCCCUUCUUCAACGCCACCGUAAUAAGCGAGCUCUCAGAUCAGGCCACGACAAGUUUACAAGAGCUCGGUGCCUGGUCGGAUGGCAUCCAAGUCAACUUUCAGGCCUCUGGUCAUGUCGUCACAAGCCAGCAUUUUAUGGGAACUGACGAGGGCGAUGCUGACACACUUCUCCUCGAGACUGUUAUCACUGGCAAUGUCGAUACUUUGAAGGAGCUCCUGACCAAGAUGCAGUCCGCAUCCAGCGCUGAGGAUGGUGACAACACAUUGAUGGACCGAGUUACUCGCACGUUUCUCGGCGCCAUUCACGAGGCACCUCGAGUUUCGCUCCAAAUACUGCUUGACACUGGUCUCGUCGACUUGCAUUCGUAUGAUGACAUCAACGAGCGCAACUGUCUUCACCAGGCUACUAUUUACGGCAAGGAAUACGUGCUUGAGUGGGGUAUCAAGGCUGGUGUCCCUGUUGACCGAACCGAUGUAUAUGGCCGUGUUCCCGCGCACUAUGCCAGCUUGCACGGGCGACUUCGCAUGUUGGAAGCUCUUCUUGAUGCAAACAUUAAGACUAUUGACCUGAUUGACCACGACAAUUUUACUCCCCUCAUCCACUCCAUUAUUCACGGCCACCUCGAGUGUGUCAAACUGCUGCUCGCCAAGUCUGCUCGCAUCGACCCUGUCUCCGAUGCCGACCACGUGCCUCUGAACCUGGCUUGUGAGCACGGCUCUGUGCCUGUUGUUGAGCUGCUUCUGCAGCACGGAGCAAACAUUCUCCCAGACGCGGAAGGGCUGUAUCCUCAACAUUUAGUUGCUCGGUCGGCCCAGUCCCCCGAUCUCUUGUUGCUACUCAAACAAUUUGGGGCGGAUCUCGACCAGAUUGAUAAGCUCUAUGGAUGGACGCCUCUUGUGCACGCCGCCAGCGAAGGCAGCGUUGAGUGUCUGCAGGCGCUCCUGAAGAUUGGCGCAGAUGCCAGCAUUGUGGACGAAAAGGAUCUUCCAGCCAUGUACUAUGCUGCAUGGGAGGGUCAUCUGGCCUGCAUGAAGCUCCUCACGCCCUUCAACAACCGUCCUCGGGCCAGCCCUUUGGUUGCACAGCCGUCCUUGGGACCCAUGGGUAGUAGCAGUGCCCCCCAGCCAAUGGCACUAGACCCCGAUGCUAUUCCUAUCUUGGAGCUGCCGCCGCCGAUAAUUCCCUUGCGACGAUAUGGACACAACUUCCUUGACACCAAGACUGUUGUCCAGAUUAGCUUUGAGGAUGCCAGCGAGCAGCCUCUCGUCUUCUUCCAAGACGGAAAAUACCCCGCCGCUCGCCUGACGAUCUCCUCCAAAAACUCCGAACUCAUCCCCAAGAACAUCAUCCUGCCCAUUCAGGAAGACACGCGAAUCGUUUCCUUCCAGGUCGACAAUCUUGACACUUUCUCUCUUGACUUUGAUGUCUUCCCUACAUACGGCGCUAAGAUUAUCGCCAAGACGGUUGCACUGUCCAGCACGUUCAAGAAUCCGCAGACCAGCACGGCGUGCUGUCUGCCACUUUUUGACCCACGUCUCCGCGCAAUUGGUCAGAUCAGCUUCAACACUCAAGUCAUAAAGCCGUUCAAGGGACAGCCACUGGAAAUCACCGACUUUGAGACGUACUGGAAAGCCACUAGCCAAUUCAACCAGCCCACCAACGCUGUUGUAACUGGCUCGAGCCUUUCUGGAGACUAUGUUCGUCUGUUUGUGCAGUACACGAGCGAUGGUAUCCCGGUCAUCUGGCCGCAGUGGACCAUCGAAUGCGGCGGCCUUGAUAUCCCCGUCUGUCGUUUGACUCUGGAUCAGUUCAAGACGACGACUGCACGAAGUGCUAGCCGCUCUGAUCUCGCCACUCUAUCUGACAAGAAGGCUGAGAAUAUUGCUGAGAUUUACCAUGUGCUGGCGACAGCCGGUGUCACGCUCAAGGAGGCGCUUGUUAUCCUGCCUCAUAGUGUCCACGCCAACCUACAGAUUCUCUACCCAACAGCCGAGGACGAAAAGGCUCUGGCACUAGGUCCCGCUCUGGAGGUCAAUGAGUAUGUCGAUGCUAUCCUGACUGUAGUGUUUGACCACGCGAGAGCCCAGCGUGCGCAGUCGCACUCAUCACAAGUGGUGCGCUCCAUUGUCUUUAGCAGUUACAAUGCCAGUCUCUGCACGACGCUCAACUGGAAGCAGCCCAACUUUCCUGUAUUCCUGUGCAACGACCUUGGAAGGGAGGAGGUUGAACCGGCCUCUACUGUUGCAAAUGUCCAUGGACGGCGGAGCACAUCGAUCAAGGAGGCGGUUAGAAUUGCUCAGAGCAACAACUUUAUGGGUCUCAUAUGCUACUCACGACUUUUGGACUCGGUCCCCGCUUUGGUGGACGCCGUCAAGUCGCAUGGCCUGGCGCUCGUCAUGGACAAGUCGAACGAUUCGCCCGAUACGAGCCCUCUGACGGACCCUUUCCCGCGGCCACCCAAGGGCGUAGACGGUGUCUUGAAGAAUCAUGGCAUCUUGCGCUUUACCGACUCGAUUGACAUUUAG